UUCGGAGCUUUUUCUUUUUUUGGAGAGCGUACGCCCAGAGAGUGGAGGUUCUUCACCAGAGAAUGGAGGAACUUCAAAGCGAACUACGUCUGCUCCGGUCUAAUGGUUUGAUGCCUCAGGGGUGUAAAUGUAACUGUGGACAGUCUGAUGAUGUCAAACCACAGCAGCAUCAGCUCAGCUCUGUUGCUCCUCCUUUACUACCACCUCCUCCUCCACCUCCUCCUCCUCUUCCUCUUCCUCCCACUCCUUCAGCACCGACCAUCAAAGCUCCAGAGAAGCCUUCAAUCCCUAAAAAGAGAACACAGUCUACAUUACAGGAGAAGCAGGAUGGAUGUGCUGUGGUGACUCUCAAGGACCUCCAGGCUGUGCAGCUCAGAAAAGUUUCCGCCCACAAGAAAAUUCGGUCUCCUGACGGUACACGAUCCCCCCUGAUCACACUGGCCGACCUACAGAAGGUGCGUCUGAGACGGACUCAGUUCAGCAUCACGACGCCGACGAGACGAAGCCUCAGCCUCAGCAGGACACCAAGUCCCGUGAAGCUGCACCUACAGCUUAGAAAAGUCCACAGUGUCCGUAGGUCAGGAAACACCCCGCUGUGUAAUAAAGAAAACGUCAUGAAGGAAUAAAUCAUCAGCAGGGUGCUUUUCUGACAGAAUCUCAACCAUUGAAGCCUGUUUAUCGUUCUCUUAUGGACUGUUGCACAUAUUUCUUGCUUUGUUCUGCACCCACUGUAGUUUUUUUUUAUUUUGUUUGUUCUGGUGU